AUGGAUAGUGAGGUGGCAGUCCCGAGCUAUCUGAGAUGCCCCAUCUCGCUGGAGCUAAUGAAGGAUCCUGUUAUUCUCUGCACCGGACUUACUUACGAUCGCCACAGCAUUGAGACCUGGUUAGAUGCCGGCAACAGUGUCUGCCCCCUCACAAACCAGAUUCUGCAUACUCGGGACAUGAUCCCAAAUCACGCUCUCCGUCGUAUUAUUCAGGAUUGGUGUGUGGCCAACGGCAUUCAUGCGCCCAAGGCACCUCUCGAUCCCGAACAGCUCAAUACGAUUGUUGCAGAGAUUUCAUCCGGCGAGAAGGGAUCCAUACGGAAGCUGAGGCAAUUGGGCAGGGAAAGCGACAGGAAUAAAAAAUGCAUUGCCUCCUCGAAUGCACCCUCUGUUCUUGCAUCCGUUUUCGCCAGGCACAGCACUGAGGCUUUGAAUCGGUCGCAACACUCGGUAGAGAUUUGCGAAGAGGCUCUGGGAGUUCUGAUUAUGACUCUGCCCCUGACUUCCCAGGCUCUAGAUUCGCUUGCCUUGUCGGAUGCCAUUUCUUAUCUUGUAUGCAAUCUCCGAGAGGGCAAUACCGAGGCAAAGAACAGCGUUGUUACAAUUCUUCAGGGAAUGGUUUCCCAGGAUAAAUACAGAGACACGAUUGGAAAAAGCGAAGGAUUGACAGAGGGGAUGGUGCAACUUCUAAGGGAGUCCAUAAGCCCAGCUGUGAGAAAAUCAAGCCUGGGCAUCAUAUACAACAUUGCCUUGAGGCAAAGAUACAGGAGCAAGGUCGUGGAGGCGGGGGCUGUUCCAUUGCUGGUGGAGAUGCUUGUAGACGGAGAUCGGAGCAUUUGUGAAAGAGCAUUGUUAGUGCUAGAUAUCCUUUGCUACUGUACAGAGGGCCGAGCAGCUGCUUCUGCGCAUGCUUUAACUUUACCAGUGGUUGUUAAGAAGGUGUUGAGAGUGUCUGAUUCAGCCACCGAACUUGCAGUCUCUGUUUUGUGGAAUAUUUGCCAGAAUUCCUCCGACGGGGGGGCUGUUCGGGAGGCGUUGCAUGCGGGUGCCUUGGACAAACUGCUGUUGUUAGUGCAGGUGGGAUGCUGCGAACAAACGAGGGAUAAAUCAAGCAAGUUACUCAAACUUUUCAACGCCCACACAGGUGAUUGGAAAUGUGCAGAGACACUUAAUUUGCAUCAUGUCAAGCGUUCCUUCUAA